GGCGCCGCUGCGCUCGAAUCGUGGAGACCGCGGUCGCCGAAGCCAGCCAGCUAAGGGGACCGACGACUCCGGGCUGCCCGCUGACAGGCGCCUCGGCUAGUGGCUCCGGUUCCCACGACCACCACCGCGCGUCCUUUUCUCGAUUAAUAUUCUCUCUCCCUCCCUCCCUCUCUCUCUGUCUCUCACCCACCCACCCACACAAUCUGACAUCAAUCUAUACAUUGGAGGAGAAAGCAUUUCCUUUGCUCCCUCGCCCUCUGCACCCCCAGAACUGAACAGUGGUGGGGACCCCUUGGACCGACUGGAAAUGUUAAUCCUGGCGCGCUUCCUCGCUUGCAUUCAGCUCCUCUGUGUUUGCCGUCUGGAUUGGGCUUAUGGAUACUACAGACAACAGAGAAAACUUGUUGAAGAGAUUGGCUGGUCCUAUACAGGAGCACUGAGCCAAAAAAAUUGGGGAAAGAAAUAUCCAACAUGUAAUAGCCCCAAACAAUCUCCAAUCAACAUUGAUGAAGAUCUUACACAAGUAAAUGUGAAUCUGAAGAAACUUAAAUUUCAGGGUUGGGAUAAAUCGUCUUUGGAAAACACGUUCAUUCAGAACAAUGGGAAAACAGUGGAAAUUAAUCUCACUAAUGACUACCGUCUCAGUGGAGGAGUUUCAGAAACGGUGUUCAAAGCAAGCAAGGUAACUUUUCACUGGGGAAAGUGCAAUAUGUCAUCUGAUGGAUCAGAACAUAGUUUAGAAGGACAAAAAUUUCCCCUUGAGAUGCAGAUCUACUGCUUUGAUCCAGACCAGUUUUCAAGUUUUGAAGAAGCAGUGAAAGGAAAAGGAAAAAUAAGAGCUUUAUCCAUUUUAUUUGAGGUUGGAAUAGAAGAAAAUGUGGAUUACAAAGCAAUUAUUGAUGGAGUUGAAAAUGUUAGUCGUUUUGGGAAACAGGCUGCGUUAGAUUCGUUCACAUUGCUGAACCUUCUGCCAAACUCAACUGACAAAUAUUACACUUACAAUGGCUCGUUGACCUCUCCUCCCUGCACAGACACUGUUGACUGGAUCGUUUUUAAAGAUGCUGUUAGCAUCUCUGAGAGCCAGUUGGCUGUUUUUUGUGAAGUUCUUACAAUGCAACAGUCUGGUUACGUCAUGCUGAUGGACUACUUACAGAAUAAUUUUCGAGAGCAACAGUACAAGUUUUCUAGGCAGGUGUUUUCCUCUUAUACUGGGAAGGAAGAGAUUCAUGAAGCAGUUUGUAGUUCAGAACCAGAAAAUGUUCAAGCUGACCCAGAGAAUUACACCAGCCUUCUUGUUACAUGGGAGAGACCUCGAGUCGUUUAUGACACUAUGAUUGAGAAGUUUGCAGUUCUUUACCAGCAGUUGGAGGGCGAAGACCAAACCAAGCAUGAAUUUUUAACAGAUGGCUAUCAAGACCUGGGUGCUAUUCUCAGUAACUUAUUACCCAAUAUGAGUUAUGUUCUUCAAAUAGUAGCCAUAUGCACUAACGGCUUAUAUGGAAAAUACAGUGACCAGUUGAUUGUCGACAUGCCUUCCAAUGACCUUGAACUUGACCUUUUUCCUGAAUUGAUUGGAACUGAAGAAAUAAUCAAGGAGGAAGAAGAGGAAAAAGACAUUGAAGAAGAUGCUCUUGUGAAUCCUGGCAGAGAGAGUGGCACAAAUCAAAUAAGAAAAAAGGAACCCCAGAUUUCCACCACAACAAACUACAAUCACAGAGGGACUCAAUACAAUGAGGCCAAGACUAACCAACCCCCAACAAGAGGAAGUGAAUUCUCUGGAAAGGGUGAUAUUCCCAACAAAUAUUUAGAUGCUACUUCCCAACCAGUCACCGAAUUAGCUCUAGAAAAGGAUGUUUCUUUGACUUCACAGACUGUGAUCAAUCUGCCACCUCACAUUCUGGAAGGCACUUCAACUUCUACAACUGUCAGAUUUCCACAGGUGAACUUGUCUGGGACUAUGGAAUCUUUAAGUACAGUUUCUGUAAGGGAAUUUCAAGAGGUAUCUACUGAUAUCAGUGAUGAUGAGCAUUUAUUGACCAAUUUUAAGCUUGAUACAGGAGCUGAUGAUUCUUCAGGCUCCAGUCCCACAACUACUGCUGUGCCCUUCAUCUCUGAGAUCAUAUCCCAUGGGUAUGUAUUUUCUUCAGAAAACCCAGAGCCAAUCACAUAUGAUGUCUUAACACCAGAAUCUAUGAGAAAUGUUUCAGAAGAUUCCGCCUCAUCAGGUUCAGAAGACUCUCUAAAGGAUCCUUCCACUGAUGGAAAUGUGUGGUUUCCUAGCACUACAGAUGUGAGGACACAGCCCGAUGUUGGAUCAGGUAGAGAGGACUUUCUCCAGACUAACCACACUGAAACACGCAGUAACAGAUCUGAGAAGAUAACUGAGUCCUCUUCUCUAGGCCCUCCGGUGUCACAGAGUCCCUCAGCCACAGAUAUGGAAAUGCCACAUUAUUCUUCCUUUGCCUACUUCCCGACUGAGGUAACACCUCAUGCUUUCACUCCAUCCUCCAAACAGCACGGUUCAGUUACCACUGUCAACAUGGUACACUCGCAGACAACUCAACCAGUAUACAACGGUGAGACACCUCUUCAACCUUCCUCCAGUAGUGAAGUCUUUCCUCUAGUCACCCCUUUGUUGCUUGACAGUCAGAUUCUCAACACUCCCGCUGCCGCUUCAAGUAGUGAUUCAGCCUUGCAUGCUACGCCUGUAUUUCCCAGUGUUGAUGUAUCAUUUGAAUCCAUCCUGUCUUCCUAUGAUGGCACAACUCUGCUUCCAUUUUCCUCUGCUUCCUUCAGUAGUGAAUUGUUUCGCCAUCUGUCUACAGUUUCUCAAAUCCUUCCACAAGUUACUUCUGCUGUGGAGAGUGAUAAGGUGUCCCUGCAUGCUUCUCUGCCAGUGGCUGGGGGUGAUGUACAAUUAGAGCCCAGCCUUGCUCAAUAUUCUGAGGUGGUGUCACAUCAGACCAUGACUCAUGCUGCUUCAGAGACACUGGAAUUUGGUGGUGGCGGAGCUGGUGUCCUUCAUAAAGCGCAUGUAUUUUCUCAAGUUGAGCCAUCCAGCAGUGAUGUCAUGACGCAUGCACAUUCUUCAGGGCCUGAACCUUCCUAUGCAUUAUCUAAUAAUGCAGGCUCCCAACCCCUCCUCACUGUUUCUUACAGUUCUGCAGUACCUGUGCAUGAUUCUGUCAAUGUGUCUCAUCAGGGUUCCUUAUUUAGCAACCCUAGCCACAUACUGAUGCCUUGGUCUUCGUUAAUAACGCCAACCACCUCAUUGCUGCAGCCCACUCAUGGCCUCUCCGGUGAUGGGGAAUGGUCUGGAACCUCCUCUGAUAGCAAAUUUCUUUUACCUGAUACAGAUGGUCUGACAGCCUUUAACAUUUCUUCACCUGUGUCUGUAGCUGAAUUUACAUAUCACACAUCUGUGUUGGGGUAUGAUAAUAAGCUGCUUUCCCAAAGUGACAUAAUAGAUGGAAAUCAGACUGAACUGCACAUUUCUUCUUUCAGUGAGAUGGGUUACCAUUCUGAAAGCACAGUCAUGCCUGGCCUGUACAAUAAUGUAAAUGGGUUGAAUGCAUCCUCACAAGAACCCCCCAUUUUCUUACCUAAUGCAAAGGACAUUCCUCCAGGCUCUCUUGCUUAUACUACCAAUAAACCUUUUGAUCAUAAGGUUAGUCAAGUUCCAGAAAAUAAGUUUUCAGUUCAACCUACACACUCUCUAUCGCAAGCAUCUGGUGAUACUUCUCUUAAACAUGUACUUAAUGUAAACUCAGAGUCAGCAUCCUCUGACCCUGCUUCUAGUGCAAGGUUAUCUCCUUCAACUCAACUCUUAUUUUAUGAGGCCUCACCUUCUUUUAACACUGAACUAGUAUUGCUGCAACCUUCUUUUCAGGAUUCUGAUGUUGACACAUUGCUUAAAACUGCUCUUCCAGCCGUACCUAGUGAUCUAAUAUUGGUUGAAACCCCCAAGGGUGAUCAAAUUAGUCCUACAGUAUCCCAUCCUGUGGCAGCAGAAUCUGCUUCAAGUGAAAACAUGCUGCAUUCUACACCUGUACCAGUUUUUGAUGUACCUCCUGCUUCUAAUAUGCCUGCUGCUUCACUUCAAGGUUUAACCAUUUCUUAUACAAAUAAGGAAUAUUUUGAACAAGUUUUGCUUAAAAGUAAAGGUUCCCAGCAAGUGAUGCCUUCAUUGUCUGGUAAUGAUAAGUUGUUCCAAACUGCCAGUUUGGACAUUAGCCAUGCUGUUCCCCCAAAAGAAAGGCAGGCAUUUGCUACUCCUGCUUUUUCUGUGGAUGGACCUCUGAAUACACCUAUAAAUGAGCUUGUGUAUUCUGAUGAAGUUUUCACUUCCACCAAGGGUUUCAUUGCCAAGGAGGUACUGGCUGGUACUCCAACAAUUGUUUCUGAUACACUUGUGACUGCUGAUCAUUCUGUUCCUUUAGGAAAUGUGUAUGAUUCCAUUACAGCUCUUUCUCCCAACAAAGAUGGCUCUGUUAACACAACCAAGUUGCCAUUUCCUUCUAAAGCAACUUCCAAGCCAACUCAUAGUGCCAGAUCUGAUGCUGAGUUAGUGGGUGGUGAUGACGAGGAUGUUACUGAUGAUUAUGAUGAUGAUGAUGGUGACAGAGAUAGAAAUGGUUUACCUGUAAAUAAGUGUAUGAUAUGCUCCUCCUAUAGAGAAUCCCAGGAAAAGGUAAUGAAUGAUUCAUACCCCCAGGAGAACAAUCUUGUGGAUCAGAAUAACCCAAUCUCACAUCCACUAUCUGAGAAAUCUGAAGAAGAAAAUAAAGUCACAGGUGUGCCCUCAGAAAGUCAGACUGAUAUGGACAGAAGUCCUAAUAAAUCACCAUUAACAAACAUGCUCUCCCAAAAGCACAGUGAUGGAACACAGGACAAUGACAUUCAGACUGGUGUCCUGCUUGCUUUCAUCCCAGAAUCUAAAGCCUGGGCAGUUCCUACAAGCGAUGAAGAAAGUGGAUCAGGGCAAAGUCCCUCAGAUAGCCUCAAUGACAACGAGACUUCCACAGAUUUCAGUUUUCCAGAUGUCAAUGAAAGAGAUGUUGACGGGGUCCUGGAAGCAGGUGACUCAGAAAUGACUCCUGAGUCCCCAGAGUCCUCCACACCAACUGUUACUGGCAGGCACUCAGAAGUGUUCAACAUUUCAGAGGCAGAAGCCAGUAAUAGUAGCCAUGAGUCUCGUGUUGGUCUAGCUGAGGGGCUGGAGUCCGAGAAGAAGGCAGUUAUACCUCUCGUGGUUGUGUCAGCCCUGACGUUUAUCUGUCUAGCGGUUCUUGUGGGUAUUCUCAUCUACUGGAGGAAAUGCUUCCAGACAGCACACUUUUAUUUGGAGGACAGUACUUCUCCUCGAGUAAUAUCCACACCUUCAUCCCCUAUUUUUCCAAUUUCAGAUGAUGUUGGAGCAAUUCCAAUAAAGCACUUUCCAAAGCAUGUUGCAGACUUACAUGCAAGUAGUGGUUUUACUGAAGAAUUUGAGACACUGAAAGAGUUUUACCAGGAAGUACAGAGCUGUACUGCUGACUUAGGUAUUACAGCAGACAGCUCCAAUCACCCAGACAAUAAGCACAAGAACCGAUAUAUAAAUAUUGUUGCCUAUGAUCAUAGUAGAGUUAAACUUGCACAACUAGCUGAAAAAGAUGGCAAACUGACUGAUUACAUCAAUGCCAAUUAUGUUGAUGGUUACAACAGACCAAAAGCUUACAUUGCUGCCCAAGGCCCACUGAAAUCCACAGCUGAAGACUUUUGGAGAAUGAUAUGGGAGCAUAAUGUGGAAGUCAUCGUUAUGAUAACAAACCUCGUGGAGAAAGGAAGGAGAAAAUGUGACCAAUAUUGGCCUGCUGAUGGUAGUGAAGAGUAUGGAAACUUUCUGGUCACUCAGAAGAGUGUUCAAAUCCUUGCUUAUUAUACUGUGAGGAAUUUUACUCUAAGAAACACAAAGAUAAAAAAGGGCUCCCAGAAAGGAAGACCCAAUGGGCGUGUGGUCACGCAAUACCACUACACACAGUGGCCUGACAUGGGAGUGCCAGAGUACUCGCUGCCCGUGCUGACCUUCGUGAGAAAGGCGGCCCAUGCCAAGCGCUACGCAGUGGGGCCUGUCGUUGUCCACUGCAGUGCUGGAGUUGGAAGAACAGGCACAUAUAUUGUGCUAGACAGUAUGUUGCAGCAAAUUCAACAUGAAGGCACAGUCAACGUGUUUGGUUUCCUAAAACACAUUCGUUCACAAAGAAAUUAUUUGGUGCAAACGGAGGAACAGUAUGUCUUCAUUCAUGAUGCACUGGUUGAGGCCAUACUUAGCAAGGAGACCGAAGUGCCAGACAGUCACAUUCACGCCUAUGUCAAUGCGCUCCUCAUUCCUGGACCCACAGGCAAAACAAAGCUUGAGAAACAAUUCAAGCUCCUGAGUCAAUCAAAUAUUCAACAGAGUGACUAUUCUACAGCCCUAAAGCAAUGCAACAGGGAAAAGAACAGAACUUCUUCUAUCAUUCCUGUGGAAAGGUCAAGGGUUGGCAUUUCGUCCCUGAGUGGGGAAGGCACAGACUACAUCAAUGCCUCCUAUGUCAUGGGUUAUUAUCAGAGCAGUGAGUUUAUCAUCACCCAGCAUCCCCUUCUCCACACCAUCAAGGAUUUCUGGAGGAUGAUCUGGGACCAUAAUGCCCAGCUGGUGGUUAUGCUUCCUGAUGGUCAAAACAUGGCAGAAGAUGAAUUUGUUUAUUGGCCAAAUAAAGAUGAGCCUAUAAAUUGUGAGAGUUUUAAGGUAACUCUUAUGGCUGAAGAACACAAAUGUCUAUCUAAUGAAGAAAAACUUUUAAUUCAAGAUUUUAUCUUAGAAGCUACACAGGAUGAUUAUGUACUUGAAGUGAGACAUUUUCAGUGUCCCAAAUGGCCAAAUCCAGAUAGUCCCAUUAGUAAAACUUUUGAACUUCUAAGUAUUAUCAAAGAAGAAGCUGCCAGCAGGGAUGGACCCAUGAUUGUUCAUGAUGAGCAUGGAGGAGUGACAGCAGGGACUUUCUGUGCUCUGACAACCCUAGUGCACCAACUAGAAAAAGAAAAUUCCAUGGAUGUUUACCAGGUAGCCAAGAUGAUUAAUUUGAUGAGGCCAGGAGUCUUUGCUGACAUUGAGCAGUAUCAGUUCCUCUACAAAGCGGUCCUCAGCCUUGUGAGCACGAGGCAGGAAGAGAAUCCAUCCACCUCCCUGGACAGUAAUGGCACAGCAUUGCCUGAUGGAAAUAGAGCGGAAAGCUUGGAGUCUUUAGUUUAACACAGAUAGGAUGAGGAAAGUCCGUGUCUGCACAUUGCUUUCCUUUCUAAAAUUAGACUGGAAAAAUCAGUUCAGUUUUUGUUAUGUUUUUCUCUCACCUGGCAGUGACUUUCAUGACAUAGGGUUCUGCUGCCAAAUUUACAUCAUUAACAAAGUGUGCCUUCGUGCAAAACUUCUUGUAACUCACUUACUGUGUUUCAACUAAAAUGACUGAAUUUUACAAUAUUUCUAAGAAUAAAAUUAUGGCAGUUUUUUUUGUAUUGAUUUUAACAGAAAUUUUCAAUUUAUAGGUAUUAGAAAUUUCCAACUACAGAGGACAUGUUUGUUUUUAGUGUCAAAAUUUUAGCUAUAUUUGUAGCAAUCAUCAGGUUUGCUGGAAAUGUAACUUUUAAUAUAGUAGACUGUAAAUAAAAUGCUGCUCCCUGUGAUAUUCAUCAUUUUACAACUGCAGUAUUCACUUAAAAUAGGAAAUAUUCUGAUACUUACUGUAAAUACUGGUCUAGUGUCUCCAUGGACCAAAUUUAUAUUUAUAAUUCUAGAUUUUUAUAUUUUACUACUGAGUCAAUUUUCUAGUUGUGUGUAAUUGUUUAAUGAUACAGUUUUUAUCUGCUCUUGCUCUCUAAGUCUCCUGAUAUUGUUUCAUGUUAUCUUAGUGAUUAACUCCGUUUUAGCAUGUGAUUUUA